CAAUCAGGAGGACCCAGGACCGCAUUCACCGCAUCAUAUGCGCCAUGUGCGCCAUGUGGUUUGCUGUGCAUGAUUUUGAGUUGUGAAUUUUAGUCUUCGUUUCUAAAUUCUUAAAAUGACUACAAAAAAAUUUAAAAAUGCCCCUAUAUCAGAGAAAUUCGCUUCUCUUAUUGAUCCCACUCCUUCCUUUGAUCCAGAAGACGAUGCUGUUGAAGAAGACACGAGAGCAAAGUUGACUGAUCAUUUUGAUGAGGAUGACGACAGCGAAGAGGUGCAAGUGAGCUCACUCAGACGGAAAGCAGCGUCAGUCACUCUUGAUGACAAAAGAUAUGCAGGGAAAAAGAUUUCAAGAAAGGACCUCGACAAGAGCAGCGAUGAGGGCGAAAGUUCGGAUGAUGGUGUUGAAGAAGAGGACAAAGUUGCUGGAGGUGAAAGCAGUGGCAACUAUGACAUGGAAGAAUCUGACGAGCUUUCAGAUGAUGAUGAUGAUAAUUUGAUGCAAGACACCUCUCAGGACGUAGAAGAUGGCAAAGAGAGUGACUCUGAAGAGGACUCUGAAGGCGGUGAAUAUAGCGACGAUGGAGACAUUUUUCCUCAGGGAGGAGAUCAACCUGAGGGGGAAGCAACUGCCUUUCAGCAUUUUUCUACUGUAGAUCGUGACUCUGAAGUUCAAAAGGGAAAUGCUGUCAAAAAUCAGCUUCUCCUGUGGGAUAAUUUGCUAGAGAUAAGGAUCCAGAUGCAGAAGAACGUCAAGUUGGCUAAUCAAUUGCCAGUAUCAGGUGACUUUCCUAAGUUUGCCUCUGCGGGAGGGAAAGAAUUCCAAACUGCGCAAAAGAAAUGCUUGGGUAAAGUUACGGGACUUUUGGAGAAAUUUUUAGAUUUGCAGAAUGCAUUGCUGAAGCAAAACCCUGAAACAAAAAAGAUAUCUGUAAACAAAAGGCAAAAGUCAAGUGACAACCAAAAGGAGGACAAUGACGAAGAAAUUCCCAGCAGUGGAGAAGAAAUUGAAUCAGAAGAGGAGGUGGAGGAAAGUAAACAGCCGAAGAAGAAAAUGCGUUUGGAGGACUUGAGUUUGAGUAUCAGCGAUUCACACUGCAACUUCCUGGGAUUCAGGAACUCCACCAUCCAGAAGUGGAGUGACAAGACAAAAAUUGCUCAAGGGAAAUUCAGCAGCAAGAACUUCAGUGCCUUUGAGCAAUCAACUCUGAAACAAAUCGAGCACAUCUUAGCCGAUAGGACCAGACUUUUAAAGAGGACAAGGACAAAAAGGUCAAAUUACAAAAUCUUAGGCACUGAAGAAAAAGAGAACGGAGAAGGAACCGAAGACAAUGAUGAACUUCUGUGCAAUGAAAUAUUUGACGAUGAUGACUUUUAUCACCAACUGUUGAGGGAGUUAAUCGAACACAAAUCGGAGGGUGUAACUGACCCUGUCCAGCUCGGAAGACAGUGGAUUUCGCUACAGAAGUUGAGGAGUAAGAUGAAGAGGAAAAUUGACACAAGGGCCACAAAAGGCAGAAAAAUUAGAUAUACGGUGAUGCCCAAAUUAGUAAAUUUCAUGGCACCCGUUGAUCGAGGAGAUUGGACAGAGGAAGCUAAAAAUGAGCUCUUUAGCUCCUUGUUUGCAGCUUAAUUGUGAUGCACCCUUUUAAAUAAAAUUGUUUUGUACAUCGCUUACAAACAUUUAAUAAUUUCA